AGCUCUUCUGGCUCCAGUCAAAUCAUCACAUCCCGUUGUCCUCCGAGUAGAUUCAUUCUCAAUGCCGCGUGCGGUCUUGGACGCUGCCGACCUGGUCUUGGAUGCCACGCUUGUUCAGGAGGUCCUUGCCGGGACAACUGCCGAUGUGGCGAAGUUCUUUGGCAUGAGCGAGCGUGCUGCCGGCCUCUAUCAGGCCAUUCACGAGGAGUUUACGGGCACAAAGGGCGACGAAGAGCUAUGCAUGCUUCUUUGCUGCUGUUGCGCCAUUUGCUCAGACGAAGGGUGUUGUAAAGACUCCUCCUCAAGACGCAGGCGCUUGGGCAUGUUGAUGCAAACAGAGCCGGGGCAGCUGUCCAUGGACGAGACGGAUGUGAGCAGUCAGCCAAAGGUGGGGCGUUCCGAGAGCUUUCUGGACAUGCUCAAGCGCGGCAUCACCAAGGAUGAUAUCGUCAACUUCUUCAGAGACGAAGCCUGGACUAAGAAGGAAACUUACCUGCUCUGGCUGGUGAAAAUGAAGUUUGGAAACCAAGACCGUGACGAUAUGCAGUCCUGCCUCGCGCAAGUGAAGGCCAAGGCGCCUGAUGCCCUCAUGGAGGACGCUGGUGGAGCGCCGCAGAAACGCCGGAGGCGGGCAACCUUUGCAGCCGGAGCCCAGGACCACGUGAACGCAACUAGGCUGGAGGAGCACAUCAAGCAAGCGCGCACAGAUGGAAAGGCUGUGAUGGGUCUCGCCAAGACGUUGGCCGCCGCGUUUUUGAUGAAGCAUGGCGCACAACUUCAAUCCGGGGGAUUAGGCGGCAUCGGCCUGGGCGCGUGUAGCAAGAUCUUUUGCGACGGCGCUUUGCAGUAUGAAGUCACGGAGUCUGGCAUGCACCAAUGCCGCUGGACCUGCCCUGCUGGGCAAAUUCCGCACACGUACAAAGAGCUUCGCCUGUCACAAGAAGGCGUGGUGGAGCCUGACCCCAUCUCCAUCCCCGGGUCCGAGCAGGUGGCGGAGAGCGCAGUGGCGGACGCCUCUUCCGAUCCCGCCAACUUUGGGAAAUCCAGGACUUGGAGCCUCCUCAACGGCAUUCCGUACAACGCGGAGCCGGCUUACAGCUCUGAACCCUUGAAGAUCCUCAAGACUUUUUCGGCAACGCGGUUGGGCAGCAGCAUGCCGGCGGCCCUGCGUUACUGGGGCGGCUGCCGGCCUUUGGCUCCGCAGGUGGGUGACAUUCUGGUCUUCAACUUGGCCAGCCACCCGCAGAUCCCCAAGGGCUCUUUGGUGAAGGUGACCUACCUGGAAGGCAAUGGCAUGUGGCGCCCCAAGAUCAGGGCAGGCCAUGCCCAAGUCAAGUACAACGACGAGGUGUAUGAGGUGCUCCUUACAAGCCUGCAGCACAAAGACCUGGUGCCUUUGCAGAUGCCCUCAGGGCUCAAGGAUUGGCUCCUCGCCACCAACGAGACCUUGGCAGUGAACCUGCCCCAGCCUACCCUUGCUGGCGAGGCGGACACGUACUUCGUCACCCCAGAGGAGUCGAAGAAGGGUCGCUGAGGACGAUGACCAAGCCGAGCUGAGACGACUCAGCAGAGUUGUCUCCACCGCUGGCAUUCCGAAGGUUCUGAGCACCUAGACUUCCGCCUCCAGUCGGAGCCAUGCUUUGUCAUUCUGUCAACUGAAACUUCUUCUUCUGGAU